AGGAGGAGGGAGAAGAAGAAGAAGGGAAAAAAUGCUGCUCUGGACCAGAAUAGCUUUGGCCGGUCUCAUCUGCUUGUCCUUGGUGUCCUUUGGGAUGGGAUGCGGACCGGGCAGGGGGUACGGCAGGAGAAGACACCCGAAGAAGCUGACACCUCUCGCGUACAAGCAAUUCAUCCCCAACGUGGCGGAGAAAACCCUCGGGGCGAGCGGCAGAUACGAAGGCAAGAUCACAAGAAACUCCGAGCGAUUUAAGGAGCUGACGCCCAAUUAUAACACAGACAUCAUCUUCAAGGAUGAGGAGAAGACCGGUGCCGACAGGAUGAUGACUCAGAGAUGCAAAGACAAGCUGAACUCUUUGGCCAUCUCGGUGAUGAACCAGUGGCCCGGGGUGAAGCUCCGGGUCACCGAGGGCUGGGACGAGGACGGACACCACUUCGAGGAGUCCCUUCACUACGAGGGCAGGGCAGUGGACAUCACCACCUCAGACAGGGACAAGAGCAAAUAUGGAACGCUGUCCAGGCUGGCGGUGGAGGCCGGGUUCGACUGGGUCUACUAUGAGUCCAAAGCGCACAUCCACUGCUCUGUGAAAGCAG